AUGCAAGUCAUGAAUAACCCAUUUGUCACCGGAGUUGGUUUGAGUGGAAACUACGAUUCCCGUACAUUGUCUUUGGGUGAUAGUUUUUCCGGAUCUGGUAAAGGUUAUCAACUGGGAUCUUUAGGAAAUGGUCAAAGCCCGCAGUUUGACUUUACAGGAAAAAAUUUAGAACAAGUACCUUCAGGACACUUGGGUACCCAAAAACUUCACACUAUGGUGAGUUUUAGUAGCCUGGAACCACAUACACCAUCAACUUCUUACGGGCAACCUCAAGAAUCCUACGGAGCACCUACUGAAAGUGAUUCGAAUUCUUUCAAUGUCGGACAUCAGUCUGUGCAACAAACGUAUGGAACACCUGAUUUUGUAGGUUCUCAAGGAGCAAUUUCAUCAGUGAUGAUUCAAUCUGGGGACAAACAAGGACCUGUUAUGUUCUACGGUGGAACACCAACCCCAAAUAGCCUGUCUGGUACUUUCAUCACCAUGGCAAACAAUCCAUCGAACUCUUAUGGAGUUCCAAUGUAUGCUCAAAGUUCAGGAAGCCAAUCAGGACAUCAACCUUCAUUCUCAGUUGGUGGACACACUAAUCAACUAUUUGCUUCCUACACAACUGGUGGUGGGCAAUCCAACAUCAACCAGAAUCGUCUUAUGGGGCACCUCAGAUUUCUUAUACUUCACACCAAGGAAGAAUCCAGUGCAUCUUACUUGCCCCCAAGUAGUUCUUAUGGGGCACCUACUGCAAGUGCCUCGACGAGUUACGAGGCACCCAGUGUGUCUUAUGGGGCACCCAAUACUAAAAUUCCGUUCAAACCUUCUCCAUUUAUCGGAGCAACAUCUCCUUUGUCCUACAAGGAAUCUAAUCGCGAUUUAAAUGCUUACAGCACCCAAAUCAGUCAUAAUUAUGAGGCAGCUGGUGGUUCAUCAUAUGAUGCUCCAGUUUAUAAUACUAUUAGUUACAGCAUGCCUUCAUCUUUGGAUACUCAGUACACCCAAACUCACUAAAAAACAUAUGCAGUAUUUAAUAUAGUAACUAACUUGCUUACAAAAAAAUCUCAUUAAAUUUUGUUAUUC